AGACGUAGACUUUUCGCAGUCUUACGAUCACCAUCAGCAGCCAUGACACGAACGAGGAAAGAAGUGGACUCAAUGUCAGACAGCCUCGAAUCGCUGGAAACAAAAUCCUCCAUGUCAGGAGAUGCCAAUUCGCUGAUCAACCGUCCAAAACCUUUCUCCAUCAUCCUCCUUCUUACCCUUUUCUUUCUCCUCAUGGCCUCGAUCGGUGGCCUGAGCACAUCGGCGGUUGACUUCCGAACACAAGGCCCGCCGCGACGGAGCUGCAUCACUCAGAGCUUCGUCAUGUUUUCGUCGCUUCUGUCGCCAAUAUACGUUUUUCUUCACCUUUUUGUUUCGUUCCGCAAUUACGAAGUCUCCCGGCGACAGCCGCUCCAAUCACCUUUUGUUUCUUGGACAAUUAUUGUCGCCAGACUGAGCCUCCUCUUAUGGGUUGUUUCAGUCAUUCUUACGGCAGUGACCGUGGCCCGGCUGGACUCCAAUUCAGUCAUCACCCGAUCCAACCUUGCGAUUUCCAUAUUUGGAAUAAUCUCGGUGACUGUCUUAAUCUUGACCAUUGAGAUCGCCACCCAUCCAUUUGAGCUCCCAUUCACACCACGAGCAACAACUGUCUCUUGCCUUGUCAGCUCUUUUGAAGACGAUUUGAAGAGAGGUGCCGGCCUCCAUUACCGAACCAUGACCAUGGAUUCGGCCUCGUCCAUGGCUUCGAGUAGAUCCAGUGGUUCGCGGAAACAGUAUAUGAUGCCACCGCCAGGCUGCAACCGCUGUACGACUAUUGUUGAAGAGGAAGAAGCCCCCAUGGAUCAAGAUCCACUUCUCCAGCGGAACGACUCGCCACCUAUUCUGCCUGAACCCUGCCAUACGCCACCCGGUACUGCAUGGGCUUCGGAUUGGGAGAAACUAGCAGUUGAUGCCGGUGUGAGUCGGAACAACUCAGUCAGUGACUACAGCACAUCAGCUGCUAGUGAUGACAUGGAGGUUCCCGCUUCGCUAGCGAUUCGACGACCGCCGCCCGCGAUUAUUGUUACCCAAGGGUAGACCCUUCCCGAGGAUUAGAGGCGGUGCAUGAUCUAUGAUGGUACAUGAUGGCAUGACGAUACGAUUUUAUGAUGAACGAUUUAAUUCCUUAUUGACACGCUUCCCGCCUGUCUGAACGAAAGCCAGAAUGGGUCGCAAUGUCGGCAAAUGUAAUGUAUGAGAAGAGAAAUGACCUAUAAUGAGCUUCC